AGCAGGGCCGCUGGACAGUCCGACCCAGACCACAAGAAGCCUUGGUUAACCUCAGUGGCCGAGAUGUCGUUCAGUGACGGGACCGAAGAUGAUCUGGGAGGAGAGGAUGAACUUUCGAUCAUCACAUUGGAAUCCAAUAUCGAAAAGAAACCCAAGAAGAAGAAAUUAAAUAAACCACCCUUGUCUCCAAAAUCCCCUUAUCUAUCAAACACUUACCUGCAUCCAAAGAAGGCAGCGGUAUGGAGGCCAUUGAAAGGCACAGGGCUCAUGCAUGUGGAAAACCCAUCAGCCAAGGUGCCUAGAGAGAUGUGGGUGGCAUCACUAAGACAGGGUGUUGCUCUGUCCCAGUCACUGAAGUCUGAGUCUGACACUGUGUGUAGUAGGAACUCAAACUACAUAAGUACACCAGAAUAUCUGAAAGAGGCUCUUGGUAUGAAAAAACCAAAGCAUUCCCGGUCAGCUAGUAAUGGUUAUGUCCCUGGCACUCCUGACUACAAGGAGAGAGAGGACAUGUACGAUGAGAUCAUUGAACUGAAAAAGAUGAUUCAAGCACAGAAGACUGAGAACGAUACCUUGAAAACAAAGCUCAGACGAUCAGAGGAGGAAAAUAGCAGAAAAGAGAAACAGAUUGACCAGCUGUUGGAUCCUUCCAAGAGUUUAGAAUAUGCCAGGAGUUUGAUCGAUAAAAAGAACGACACGAGCGGGAUUGUUAAUGGAUUAAAGAAGAGAAUCUAUAAAUUGGAGAAGCAAUGUAAGGAGAAAGACAGCAUCAUAAACAAACUCCAAACUGAUUUGAAGACCACUAACAUUGAAGAGAUGAAGAUUGCCACAGAGGCAUACUACGAGGAAAUUCAGAGACUCCGACUUCUGUUGACAGAUAAUGAGACAGCAGACAAAAAGUUGAUAGCAGAGAGCAAAGAAUCGCAGAAACAACAGAAAGUACUCAACUCGACCAUCCUCAGAUUAUCCAAAAGCCUCAAAUACCUCCAAGAGGAAAAUAAAUCUUUGAAGGUUGACCUGGACCAAGCACCACACAGCUCUGGUGCAUCCAGCACAACCCAAGGUUAUAAUGAGUGGAGCAAACAGAGGCUGGUGAGAAGGGUUCUGGAACUGGAGAAGAAAGUCAGCGAUCAGGAAUUAGCCAUCUCACAGUCCAGGACAAAUAGCAGGGCCACAGAGCGAAAGCGCCCACAGGCUGGAUGCGCCAUGGACCAAACACAGCAACAAGACGAGCAGCAUGUCAAUCAACAACAGGAAUGUGGCCGCCUCUGGGAACUAGUGAAGAAGCUGAAGGAGGAUCGCAGCCAUCUGCAGAACCAGCUAGCCACCAGGGAUACUGAAGUGAAGCAACUGAUUCAGGAAAAGUCAGAGAUGGAUAAAGAGCUGCAAAGACUCGGGGCAACUCAAGCUGAUAAAUCCCCCAAGGAAUACAGGGGGGAAAUCUGCUCUCUGACAGAAAAAAUAAAGCAACUGGAAGCAGAGUUUGAAGAUUAUCGGAGAAUGAAACUGCACUGCAACGACCUUGCUGAGGUCCACAGUACAAGCAGUCAGUCCAUUCUGGGUUUGGCCAAGAAUCACCAGGCCACAUCUGCUAGUUCCAGUCAGCAAAAACAGGAGGGCAGCAGAGAACAAGCAGCAAAAACAAUCCAGAAGCACUGGCACCAAUAUCGAAAUCAGAAAGAAGACACAGACAUGGAAGAGGCAAUUACUGUGAUACAAGCAUCUGCACGGGGGCAUUUAGCACGGAAGAAACUUGAGGGCACACACUCUGUAGGUCUGAAGAAACUGCCUGUUGCCUAUCCUCAGCAGAACAAGAAUCCUCAAGUUUCCCACAGCAACAACAUUCAGAACCAACUUCUGGCAGAGGAUGAGAGGGAUGAGGCUGUCUCUUUUAUCCAGUCCUCCUUCAGGGCUCAUCUGACUCGAAUGCAACACCUCAGAGAUAGUGCUGAGCAAAGAAAAGGCACAUCUGCUAGAGACACAAAAGAGACCACAAUUACAGUGAGGAAAUCCAGCAAUGUCCAGCGACGGUCAAGGUACUCUGAUGAUGAAUAUAGUGAUGAAAUAGAAGAGGAUAUAUUCGAGAUUGAAGACCAAGAAGAGGCAGAACCUUUAAAGAAGCUCAAGAUAUCACCAAAUAGACCUUCAUCGUCGAGGUCCAGCCGAUACCUGCCUCAGACAUCACAAGAAGUGGAAUCGGACGAUUCUGACAAUGUCAUUGUUGCUUCACCAUCAUGGCCACCGAAAUGUCAAGACUCCAACUUCUAAAGGCGGGUUGUUCUACCCCAGGGUUCUGUCAAUCAUUCUGAACAUUUAUGGAGGUGGUUGGGGAGUCAAGGGAGUGAUGAGGGAGCUUGUAGUUUUAUAGGACUGCAGAAAUCAUGGUGUAUGGAGUGGGUAAAUAGUUAACAAAAGCUUAAUCUUAUUUUUGCAUAAAAUAAAUAAAACAGAUUAUUGGAUUUCAUAAAAAGAGAAAAUUCUGGAAAUAAUCAGGUAAAGCAACUUCUGUGCAGUGAGAAUUUGAGUCUCAAAACAGGCUAAGUUUUCCCAAGGGGGCUGGGACCCCAAUUUUGUGACCAUAUGCAGGUCCAGAGCCUCCACAUGCCCUCAGCCUGCUUGCUGGAGUAACUAUACGUGAGGCAACCUCCUAAUUAGCUGCCUCCAUAUUCACCAUUUAAUUAAGGAUGGUGGGAGGCCCAAUAGUUGGGCCUGCAGCAAUGGUCCAGAUGACAGCCUCAACAGAACAGCUGAGCACCACUGGAGAAGAGCGAGACCUGGGGGCGCCUAAAAAUGGAGGUGCUCACGAAGGUUUCCCACUUCAAUAGUGAAAAAGAUGUCAAAGUACUAUGAGGGACUUCAGGAUGGAGCGUUAAUCCCACCAGACAGUGCCUUCAGCUGCUCCUGGACCCCUGUGAGCGUUGCAGCCCCUUAAUGCUGCCAACUAAUUCAGCCACCCAUUGCCAGCCAAGAGGGUUGCUUCCAACUCAGAAGGCGGCCUGUUGCUGGGUGGUUGUGGGGGAGUUGUAACACUGCAGUAAAAUGGCCUGUGAAUGGGGCCAAAAUUGCCUGCUCACCUCCAAGAAGCAGGGUACCAAUUCACCUGGCAGCUUGACCCCAGAAAGUCGAGUGCAAAGCAGAACAGAAUCAGGAGCUGCCCUGACGGGGAUUCCUGCUACAUUUGCGGUCCCCCACCUUCAAACUCAUCUCCACAGGGCUGGAAUAAUUCAGUCUGACACUUGAGGUCAGUGAUCUUUCAUUGGAUCUCACAAAAGGUUUGAUGAAAGGUCUUCAACCUGAAACGUUAACUCUGGUAUUCUGUCCAUAGAUGCUACCUGACCUGCAGAGUAUUUCCAACAUUUUCUCUCUCCUUCAGAUUUCCAGCAAUUGCAAUAUUUUGCUUUUGCUUCACUCAUUUAAUAAUUUUCUUUUCAAUUCCUGCCUCUGUUCUGGAAACUGCCCCUUGUGAUGUAAAAGGGGUAGAUUCUCCAGGACUGCACUUUGACACAAUAUUGCACCGUCACUUUGAAAUGAAGCAGCUCUGUAGUAUGUAUAGCACCAGCUAUAUCACCAUUGAGUUCUGCACAGGUUGGUGUCUAAAGGCUAUGACAGAAGUGUUGUGGCUGGAACCUCAUAGGUCAUUGUAUCAAUCCUUGCACUUCCAUUCUUGUGCUCAAUACCUAUCCAGCUUUGGGCACUGGAUUUUUCAACCAACCAAAGUUGUGAUGUACUAUUUGGUCGUGGGUAAAAUCCUGCUCCUUUAGCCCUCAACAAACAAGUAAUUUUUUCUCCACCUCUAGAACUGUAAUUGUUGAUCAUUUUAAUUCUACGCAACAACCUUGUUGGUUCCAGAAACAAGUUUUGAAAUAAAAGCAGAAAAUGCUGAUUAUGAACAUAUAGCAGAUAUGCAUCCAACAUCUGAAAGUUUGAGCCGUAUUGUACAAUUACCAAAUCCUGUUGCCUUUUACCAGAGUGUGCGCAAGGUGUGUCUUUCCCACCUUCAGAAGCAGAUUGUUGUAUAUUUUGUUGCACAAAUCUGAAAUUGCUUGGAAACUAGUUCCAAAAUCAGAGAAAGUAUUGACGCUUUGUGUCAGCCAAUCAUGUCCAUUCUGGCCAGGACUUGUGGUGUCACCAAAAGCAGAAUUAUUUAAAUAGAGAAGCUCAAACUACACAAACAUAACUUGUGGGUGAAGAUUCUCCCAGAGUCACCGAAAAAAGUAUGAUUAUUUCUCUAGUGAAGUGCAGUCAGUGCAGGAUAAUUACAGCAUUCAAAUUAAAUACGUAAAAAUCGAUCCCAGUUACAUACACAACUGUGUAGUCUCCAAGUGUGAUUGGUCAGGGAAUUACCCAAUAAUCUCCAUGCUGGCCAGGAAUACUAUUGUCGCUACAUGCACCUUUGAAAAGAUUCUAAAGUUUAGUUCAUAAACUGCAAUCUGACACGAAUCCUACAGACUAGGGCCAGAACUUUCUGUUUGGUGUGCGGGCUCGCGACUGACAUGCACAAGCAUAAUAUGUAAUAGUCAGCUGCGCGCCCAAUAAUUGAAAGGCCUAUUAAGGCCAUUAACGAGCUAAUUAACUUGAAAUUUACGCUACCCAUCGAACCUAAUGGUUGGCGAGCAAGCGAAAAGGCCAAGCGGCCUUUACAUUUUUUACCAGGCCCACUCUCCCUCCUCCCCCCACCCACACAGGCAGCGCUCAGCACUGCUGCUUGCGAUCCAUGCAGGGCAGGCUUUAAUUGGCCCACCCACGUGAAAUAGCGGUGCGGAGCCGAUCGCAGGUAGCAGUUGGCUUCCCGACCACCCCAGCCCGGUCCCACCGAGCCUGCCCGACUAGGGAAAAAUUCUGGUUUAGGAAUAUUAUUUGGAAAAGUAGCAUCAGAUUUGGAACUUCAUGCAUUUGAUUUGAAUACUUGUCACCAGGAAAUGUCAUGCAAAGUAACAUGCAGUGUUACAGUGCAGCAGGACAUAUACCUGUUCCCACGUGAGCCACACAGAGCGUGGACACCAGAUAGCUCCCUGCAUGGGGACUGUAAAAUAUUAAAUUGUGAUGCCAUACUAGAUGGGUAUUUAACACCUCACAGUGGUAACCAAAAUGGACAUGUGCAAGAUUUAGAAAUGUGCUGGAGAGAAAAUAGAUUAUGUGCUUAUCAUUCAAGGGUAAAUAGUUUGAUAUAAAGUACUUGCUACCUUUCUCAUUUCUGUGCUUGGUGACAUUCUUUUCUAUGUUUUGGAAGUGGUGUGCAUAGUGUUUCUUUGAAUCAUUCUUGGGAUACAUGCAUCACUGGCAGGACCAGAAGUUAUUGCUCAUCCCUAAUUUCCCUUGAGAUGGUGGUGUGUUGCCUUCUUCCGCUGCACGAUGUUACUAACUGUGGUGAAUGUGCUGUUUCAAUGCUGUUAGGCAGGAAAUUCUAAGAUUUUGAUCUAGUGGCAGUGAAGAAACCAUACCUGUCCCAAAGUAUUAGACUUGAAGGAGAACAUGGAGGUGGUGGUGUAUCCAUGCUGUCCUUGCCCUGCUUGUUAGUGGAGGUCAUGGGUUUGGGAUGUGCUGCAAAGAAGCCUGGGUGAAUUUCUGCAGUGCAUCUUGUAGACAGCACAUACUCAAGCCACAAUGUGCUGGCUAUGGAGGAAUGUAUAAGGUGGUGGAUAGGAUACUGAUCGAGCCAACUGCUACGUCUCACUAUUAAACUUCUUGAGUGCUGUUGGAGCUGCAUCCAGUCAAAUGGAGAGUAUCCCUUCACAUUCCUUGUUAUGCCUUGUAGGUGGUAAAGAGACUUUGGUAGUGUGGAAGACUGUGUAUUGGUAUUUUGGGAGAUUUGCAAUGAGAAAAUUGGGUUAAGAAGUUAAGUUGCAUCUUUUGAACAACAUUUCCUAAAUGUUUUAUAAUGUUUUAUAAUCAACUGUGCCUUGUGAUUUAUAGUGAGAGGGUGAUAUUUAUGGAAUUUUCAGACUCUUCUCAAUUGUUAUAUUUAUGAUGCAUAAUUUGUG